UCAGUAUUCGCAACCAAACAUUGUCUUCACUUUCUCAUGAAUUUGUUUUCUGUUUUUAUGAUGAUUUAAUUCCUUUUAUAUGGUAAGAGGUCUUUUCCCCCUGUCAGCUACAAUUGCCUCAAUGAUGAACACAAACACAUAUUGAACAAUCCAACUCUUACACCACAAUGGAGAUUUGUAUUUUCUAUCUGAGCAAUCUUGAUUUUUAUCAUUCAAUUCGAAUGCGAUGCAGUUAGGCAGACAGCUAACUUCCAUCUCAGACAGAUCAAUUGCUAUUUUAAUUCUUCCGCCAUUCGCACGGUUUUUAGUUCAAAAGGUUCGUACAUUCUCAUUAUUCUCUCUUUUUUAUACACCGUUGGGGGUGAUGAUGAAAACACAUUGGAAAGGCAUUCCUCAAUCCGAAUUAUACUGUCGAAUCUUUGCAUUUAAGUUUCAGCCUUGUCUGACCCAUCGUCCAUUACUAUUUAUCAUUGAAACAUCUUUUCUGUGCCAAAGCUAACCACAAAUUGGCAACAGGUACAUACACUUCCUCUUACAAUCAAUUCACUUGCAUUACAUGACGAACUUUGAACGAACGGGCGGACAGACUGCGCACUCCUGCUCCUGUCUCUCAUCAAGCAAGGCGUACAAACCUUGUGAGGGAUAGACGGUUAGGAAGUGCUUGUUGAGAACUCGUCAGCUGAUCUAAUGCUCAAUUGCUUCUUGAUCAUUUUGAUAUGCCGCUCGAAAUGGAAACAUUGAUGCUAACAUACCUUUCUUCUAGGUAAAUAUUGCAAUUUUCUCUUCGAUUGUUACAAAGGGCCAUUGCAUUGAAAUGAUGAAACUUAUUCACACUGUUUGAAGUGGACUAUGUCCGCUACUGAACGCACUAUAAAAAUCUGAUUUAAUGAGGUAUGCUUUGCUCUCGCAUAACGUAGAAGACCAAUGCUAACAAUACUCUAGCCUGACAUUUGCCUUGUGGUUCCUUACAUUUUGAUUCCAUCGAAAUGAUGUUCGACUACAGAUGACAUUUGCUGACAAUAUCAUCUCGAACAUAGACCAUCCAUUAUUCUGAAGCUGCUGAUAAAGUUAUGUAAAAAUGUAAGCUACUUCUUUUCACGUACCUGUCCACACUCUUUGCUCUGAUGAACCCAAAUAUUCGCUGUGUUCUUUCCGAGUCAACCUUUGACGAAACACAUAUUUCACCUUGGAGAACUGAGAUAGUACUCAUGUUAUUCAUUUUCAACCUUCUAUAAACGAUAGUUAGAACAUGAAGCUAACUUGCAUAGAUACUUUGAAACUCGAGAUCGAAUUUAAUUUUAAGUUGGGGCAGUGGAAGUUAUAGAUAGAUAUAAUACAAAAGAUUUUUAGAACAUUACUAUCUCC